UGACGUUAAGCUUCUUUUCACUGGCCUAGUUGGGCAUUUUAAGAAAGGGGUUUGUCAACCUCUAGUGACUAGUCAAUGCAUUGCGGUUUCAGUUACACCAGAUGAGCAAGUACGGAAGACGUAUACCUGUUUACCCCAGCAUUAAACAGCGCACCAGGAAGAGGUUGCCUUUUUAUUUUUUACGCUUCUCUUAUAUUAAUCUUUUUAAAAGGAAUCGUAAUUUGUGGACGUCUUUAAGAAAUUAUUUAGGAGAAGCAUGCUUUUAAACUGACUGCAGAUUUUUUUUACUCUUGUGGGAAUUUCGUACAAAAGCGAAAGCAAAAUAUGGCUUCGAAAAAUUCCUCUUUAGAAAGCCUUUCUUGCCCUGUGUGUCGCGAAAUCUUCAAGAUUCCAGUUCUUCUGUCGUGUAGUCACAAUUUCUGUAAAGAGUGUCUUCAGCAGUUCUGGGCAACCACAAAAACUCAGGAUUGUCCGGUCUGCAGGAGAAGAUCCUCAAAAUACGAGCCUCCAAUUGAUCUUGCUUUACAAAAACUGUGCGAGGGAUUCCUGGAGGAGGACAAAGUAGAAAGGAGAAAUGAAACUUGUUCAUAUAAGAACAAGAAUGAUCUCAUUCAAAAAAGCAUCUUAAUUAAAGAUGGAAAUCCUGCUCGAUACAGACUGCAAACAAAUACAGAAAAUCUGGAUAAAUCUGAACCCUACAGAAAAAUCAUUUUUGGAAAAAGAGACGAAAACAAACCUCAUAAAACUAUUCUGAUAGUUGGAGAAACAGGCGUAGGAAAAACUACCCUGGUCAAUGUGAUGGUCAACUACAUGCUGGGUGUUGAGAGAGAAGACAAGGUUUGGUUUGAGAUCACAGAUGAUCAGAGUGAUCAGUCUUCAGCUCACAGUCAGACCUCCAUCAUCACUGUUUAUGGGGUUUAUCUACAAGAGAGUCCAAUAGAUUUAACAAUCAUCGACACACCAGGAUAUGGAAACACUCGUGGAAUUGAUUUUGAUAUUGACAUUGGCAUGAGAUUAAACAAAAUUGAUGACCUGACCCAUGAAAUAAACGCAGUGUGUCUGGUGAAUAAAGCAACACAGAAUCGCCUUUCUGACAGACUAAUAUACAUAACUGAUGCUGUUCAGUCUUUAUUUGGGAAAGAUAUUGAUGAGAAAAUUGUCCUACUCUUCACACAUUCAGAUGGAUUUCCUCCUAGUAAUGCUUUAAUAGCUGUUAAAGAGGCUCAAAUCAAGUGUGCAUUGAAUGGACGCAAUCAGCCUUUGUUUUUCUUGUUUAACAAUCGCCAGUCAGAUACUCAUGAUGAAGAAUAUGAGAUGAUUGAGGAGAUUGCAUGGGAUCUCAGUUUUAGAGGAAUGACAGGAUUGACGCAAUUUAUUAACAACAUUAAACCAAGAACUCUGAAGAUGACACAAGAUGUUUUGCAAAUCCAGAGAGAGUUGGGGGCAAAAAUUUCUGAUUUACAAUUAGUGGGUCAAGAGUUAGAACAGAAAAGGCAUGAACUGAAACAAGCUCAAGAUGCUCUACAAGAGGAAAAGGUCAAAGACAACAAGAACUUUGAGUAUGAAGUUGAAGUGUCCUACAAAGAAAGGGUUGAUAUUGAUCUAAAUUUAGCCUAUAAGGCCACAUGCUGCACUGUCUGUGAGGAGAACUGUCAUUAUCCUGGAUGCUGGUGGGUCAGUAAUCUUUCACGGUGUACUGUGAUGAAAGAUUAUCACUGUACAGUGUGCACUAAUAAAUGCCACUACAGUGAUCAUGUCAAAGAAGCAAAGAUAUAUGUGACAAAGACAAAGAAGGAGAAGAGGACAUAUGAAGAUUUAAAGAAGGAACAUGAAUACAGAAUUAAAAGUGGUGUUUAUUUGGUCGGAAAACUCGAAGAACAACUCAAAGAAUUGGAGAAAGAGAAUGAAAAUCAACUAAAAGAAGCUUUUCACAGUGUGGACACUCUGGAUAAAAUAGCACUCAACACUGAUUCACUGAACACACUUCUGCACAUUGAUUUUCUGAUUGAGAAGCUGAAGGAAAUAAAUGAGCUUGGAAAAGUCAAAACACUGGAAGACAUCAAGAAGAGAGCAGGGAAAGGAAAACAAAAAGCUCUAAGAUACUUUACAAUAUCUACAAAAAAAUAAACAAAUAAUGCCUCAGCUACUCAAACACUACACUAUAAAAAAGGAUUUUUAAAAAAAAUGUUUUUAUGUUAACUACUUGGAAAUAUUUGCCACACUUUAUUUUGAGGCACAAUCCACACUAUUAAUAAUCCAUUUACUUAAGACUUUUAACUUUAAUAAACUUCUAACUAACUUAAUAUUAGUAAUGUGGUAGUUAGGUUUAGGUAUUGGGUAAGAUUAGAGAUGUAGAAUAAGAGUAUAUUUAUGCAAAUGAACAGUUAAUAUCUUAGUAAUAGGCCUUGUGUAAAUUGUUGCUUAAGAUAAAGUGUUACUAAAAUAUUUUUUCAUUUAUCAUUUUUUUUUUUGCUUCUUUUAUCAUCAUGUCAUGGUUUAUACACUAAUAUAAGUAUGUAAAUUGUAUUAGGGCUGGGUGGUAUGACCAAAAUUUUAUUUCACAAUGAGAAAGCUUAUUUAAUGGUAACAAUAUCUUUCACAAUAUAGUUUUUAUAAAGGUAAUUUUUCCAGAAAAUGUCAAGAAAAGGACUUGAUCUAUUUUGAUUUAGUAAACGAAUUAUGACUUAAGAUGAACAACAAAUUCCAAUUUUAAGUGGAGAUUGCUAAAACAUUUCUCAAAUAACAUCUGGCAGAUAUAAAAUACAUUGAAAAAUAUCUGGCCAAAUAUUAAUCACUGUCAUCAUGACAAAGAUAAAGUAAAUCAGUUAUUAGAGAUGAGUUAAAACUAUUGUGUGCAGAAAUGUGUUGAAAAAAAUCUUCUCAGAAAUUAAAUAAACAGAAAUUGGGGAAAAAUAAACAGGGUGGCUCAUAAUUUAGGGGGACAAUAAUUCUGACUUCAACUGUAUAUACCGUCAUACCACCCAGCUCUAAAUUGUAUGUAUAUUGUAUUCAGUUCUACCUUUUUUGCACUAACAAUUGUAUACAAUAAUUUCAUGAAUACCAUUCUUCUUGUUUAUUUCUAUUUACAUAUGUUUGGCUAUAAUAUUUGUUUAGACAUUUGUUUAGACAAUCAGUGAACAUACAGUGCAUCUGGAAAGUGUUGAUAGUGCUUCACUUUUUCCACAUUUGUUUAUGUUACAUAUUUAUUCCAAAAUGCAUUGAAUUCAUUGAUUUCCUCAAAAUACUACA